AUGGCAUCAGCAGGAACAGCAUUCCUUCAAGAUAUAACAAUAGGUAAAGUGAUGCGAGCUGUAUUUAAACGAAGAUUAACUGAUGGUAGUGGAUAUUAUGCCGAGCUGUUUGAUGAAGGAGAGAGUGUUAUUGAUAAAGUGAUAGCUGAAGGACAUGGUAUAUUACGACAGACGCAGAAACCAUUAAAUUCUCAGAAUAAUAAUCUAAAUAAUGAUGGUUAUACUGGCGGUUAUAAUGAUAAUAAAAUGAAUUAUAAUCGUAAUCCUAUGAGAGACGGUAAUAACAUGAUGUCUGUUGAUAAAAGACGAGAGUUCGAGAAAACACUGCAAUCAGAAUAUCAGUUAAUGUCUAACAAGUUAAUGGAAAACAAUCUCGGUCAAUUGUUACAAAUGAUUAUGAACGUAGCAACAAAAGUUAAGCAGUUAAGAUGUCAGUUUCCAGUAGAUAAGAAUACACCAUUAGAUGAUGGUCUAGAUCUGAUACUAGAUGAUACUAAUAGAUUAACUAAUAUACAAGUAGACAGUCUACCUACUGUAGUCUCUACUCUAUCUACUUAUAAAGCUGCUCAGAAAGAAAUCUCUCUGUCUAAAGAUCAGAAAGAGAUAGAUGAAAUGAUCAAAACAAGAGAUUUAGCAAGAGUAGAGUUGUAUGAAAAGUUAAAAGUUUGUGUUAGUGAUUUACAAAAUUAUCCUUUCGAAGAAAGAGGUCAAAAAGUCAAGCAAUGUUUAGAAACAAUAGAGAAGAACUACAGUUUUUUUCUGACUCAAAAUUUCCCUGUAGUCACACCUCUACCUGAAGUAUUACCAUUAUAUAAAGAAUGGAAG